UACAUAAACCCAGCGGUCAUUGGUCAAAUGUCUAUGUACAACAGGAAGUUUAUUUCCCAUUCACAUGACUCCUGUUAACUGAAGUUGUGAUUCAACCUCUCUCAAAAGGACUGCAUGAUGGCAAGCAACAAAUUCAAGAUCGUGGUGCAAGGAGAAGCAUCUGAAACUGAUUCUGAUGACGAGGUUUACAUUACGUCCCUGACUCCAGUACACCCAUCUGCCUCAGGUCUCAAAGUUCCCGGGGAAGCAUCGGAGACGGACAGCGAAGGGGAAGUUGAGAAAGCCUGCAAGGUCGCGUAUGCUGUCAGCUCUGAAAAUGUGCAAUCUUUGCGCUCGGAGUUACCUCCACUUAUUGUGGUGAGAUCCACGCCUGAUUUCGCACCAGUCCCGGAGAAGGAAUCCUUGAUGAGGCUGGAAUUGAGCGGCCAAGAGAGCUCUCUCCUCCAACAGAAGCUCCAAGAAAGCAACGGACGCCUUUGCACCGAUGUGUCACAGACUUUUCGACAGGUUUACCAGAACGCUACUAAGGACGUACGGCUGGCCACUGCAAGCCUCAACACCUCCCAAAGCGGCAUAAUUAAUGCUUCUCACAGCAUCCGUCUCAUUCUGGAGGAUCUCAAGUCUGUCUCUGAAAAGAUUGAAAUUAUUACGAGUUGUAAUCUUCUUCCUGAUAUCACAAUACCAGCAUCUGUGCCAGGACAAUAGUGUUCAAUGCAUUUCCUUUACAGUUUUUUUUACCCGAUUAA